AUGAAUUUGUCCAGUCGGGACCCGUAUCCUCCAUCAAAACGAGAAAACGACUACACUUUGAGUGGAUACAAGCCGCAGCAUAAAACUUAUAAGAAACCAACCCACUUGGCACAGACAGAAGAACCCUGGAGUCACCUUCAUGGCCGUGCCACCAGCUCUAGUUUUAGGAGGAGCGCCUUGUACUGUGACGGGCAGGCCUCACGGGACAGCCUGGACCUUCAUCUGAAGAGCGUCUAUGACCACCACAAAAACGUUUUCUGGAGUAAACACCAAAUCUUAUAUCAGAAGGACACGGUGUGUGAGGAGCACAGACACACUGAGAAGAAACAGCAAGAGCAGCAACAGGCCGAGAAAAGCCAAGAGAUCAGGCGAUGGGUUUAUCCUUAUCGACACUCCAUUUACAGCAUCAAAUAA